GACUUUAGGUGUCAGGGAUGGAGAGGUGCACCAAAACAAGGGUCAGGUGAUGUUCGACGUCGUACUGUCGUCUGCUCAUAUCGUCGGUCAUUCGUUUGAAAAUAAUUUUGUCACUUCUCAAAUUGUCUCAAUUUAAUGGCUAGUCAAAGUCAAGGUGUCCAGCAACUUCUUGCUGCUGAGAAAAAGGCUGCGGAAAAAGUAGCCGAAGCUAGAAAACGAAAGGCAAGGCGCUUGAAACAAGCCAAGGAUGAAGCACAGGCAGAAAUUGAAAAAUUCAGACUGGAGCGUGAGGCAGCCUACAAGCAGUAUGAAGCUAAGCACUUGGGUUCUCAGGAUGAUGUUGCUGCCAGAAUUAAAAAAGAAACCGUCCAGAAGAAGGCAAUGCAAAACCAAAUGGUGGCAGCUCAUAAAGAUAAGGUGAUUGAACGUGUCCUGGAAAUGAUACAGGAUAUCAAGCCUGAGCUUCACCACAAUGUUCGCUUGGCUGACUCGGCUUGAUGGGUUGCUGCUAUUGCAUCUUCUCUAUUCCACUAGAGUUAAUUUUCUUUAGAUGUGUAGCUCAUUGAACUUUCUGGGAAUGUAUCGUGAAUGUAAUUACUAUGUUGAAGUAUUCAAGUUUUUAUCAUAACGGUUGUAUUUUUUCUGAAUAAAUUUCCAGGAUGAAGAUUUUCUAGUUACAACUGUUUUCGAUGCUUUAUUGGAACACGCACCUCCGUGCAAAUAUAUAAUAUUUAUGUGUUAUACUGGCUGGUCAAAACCAAUGAAUAUCGUCUUCCUAUCACUUGCAUUUGUUUAAUGCGAAAAAAAUUACUGAAGGCCAUGUUGUUCCUAAGUGAAUAUAUACCUACAAUAUUUUGUUUGCUCUUUAACAUUACAUUUUCCGAGUUCUAUUGUUGUUUUAAAAUCAUCUCUUAUGAGUUCAAGUUCAAUCACCUUGCUAAAUUGUUCACUCCUGUUGCGCUUGGUUUACGUGUACCUAUUUUGUAUAGUAAAUUAUUUUGUCUGCCA